AACUGUCCCUUUCUGACCAAUUUGUUCAACAAAAUUGUCAACAAAAUGUGAAUUUAUUUUAUCUUGUUUAAUUAGAAUUUAUGUCUUCUUUUUGUUGAAUUUUCUUAUACAUUAAUUAAAUUUUGUUUAUGGCGGAGAGUGUACAUGCACGAUAUGAACAACAAUAAUCCAAAUAAGUAUUACAAUUAUGACACUAAUCUACGAUACAUGCAAAACAACUCACAUCGAUCCCAUCAUCCACCUAGUAUGUUUGAUAAUCCGCGGAAUGAUUACUAUAAUGGGCCUCCGAGUUAUAUGAAUCCAAAUAUGAUGAACAAUAACAUGAUUCCCAAUCCCAAUAGUGGUUAUAAUCAUUUCUCUAGUUCUUAUCCUGCAUCAGGUAAUGGAUCUUUUUAUAGGAGUUUUAGGCAAAAUUGGCAACCUCAAGUUAUGCCACAACAACAUCGACCAAUGCCCCCGCCACAAGCCACCCAACCACAACAGACCCAGCAAACUCCAGUAUCACAAGGACAGCAGUCAUCUCAAUCUACUAGUAGCCAAAAUCGUGGCUUUUCAAGUACAAGUUCAAGGAAUAAUCGAGCCGCAGAUGAAAGUCAGCUAGCAAAGCUGAAACAGAACCUAGCUAUAACCCAAAAAGAGCUUACUCGAGUUACAGCAGAGAAAAUGAAACUUGAGGUAGAAGAACAAAGAUUGCAAAAGAUUGUUGAAAAAACCAAGUCAGAUAUCGAAAAAUUAGAUACUCGACUUAGAGAUCCCAGGGUCAAGAGUCGCCCUGAAACAAUUUCAGUCUCAUCUUCAUCUUCAUCCAUUGAAAAUUUAAAUUGCGGUCCUCCAUCAACUCCUCCAUCCCUGGAUAGAUCGUGUACAUCUACUUUCACUACGACCACGGUUCCGUCAAUGACUUCUUUGUCUUCUACACCUGUUAGCAAUUUAAUAACAAAUUCAGUGCCAAGCCAUACUGUUUCAAAUAUUCCAACCCCUAGUGAUUUAUCAUUUACUCUUCUAUCUACAAAUAAUUCAAGAUCAUCUCAUACUAUAACUUCUGGCUCUUCAAUUAGUAACAAUUCUAAUUCUUUAUUAGUCCAACCUGCACCUUCAAUACCUGUACCUGUCACAAAUCAGUCGAAUAGUUCAGUCAACGGAUCCUUACAGAACACAUUCUCUAGCAACAACUCUGGAUCUUUGCUUGCAUUCCCUAGAAACAUGAACAAAAAUGUUGUAUCAAGGGGAAAACAGUUGAACAAUCUAAUUGAAUUCAAACAACUGCCCAUAAUUUUCGAGGUUUUCGGUGAUGACCUUUUGAAGCCAGAAAUUUACCCUGCAAAUCAAACUAAGGUUAAAGCAUCUUUUUCGAUAACACCAAAGCAAAUGGAGCUAUUGCAACGUAGUCCUCAACAUAGAGUCUUAUUAAGAAUUUGUUAUUUUAAAAACAAGAAUACCGCUCAAAGUGACCGAGUAUCACGUAAAUUAGCCAUAAGGAUUAAUUCUAGGCCUUUCUCUUUAGGGAAACAAACCUCCGGUUCUAUUAAGGCACCUUUAGACAUAACAACGUUUAUUGACACUAGGAAUGAAAUUGAAUUAUGUUGGCCUGAAAAUGAACCUGGUCGUGAAUAUGGACUUUGUGUGUCUAUAAACCAAAGAUUAUCUCUUGAAAACUCAUUAAAGAAACUUCAAGAGACAGAUUAUCAAAGGCCUAGUUCAGAUGCAUUAAAAAUGAUUUCCAAAAAUUUCGCUACCAGUGGUGAUAUCUGCUCAGAAGAAAUCAUGGUUCCUCUGUGUUGUCCAAUUACAAAAAAACGAUUAGAAAUUCCGGCAAUCGGUCUCAAAUGUGAGCAUCUUUUGUGUUUUGAUGCAAAAUCAUUCCUAGAUAUUAACCAAAAGCGAUUGGAAUGGCAUUGUCCGUCUUGUAAAAAAGCUAUAGGGUACAAUGACAUUCGAUUAGAUUGUCUAAUUACUGAAAUUUUGAGUAAAACUCCAAGCGAUUGUUUAAAAGUCUCAUUCGAUCGACAUGGUACAUGGCAUCCUGUGAUAGAAAAUAAAGAAAAAGAAUCUACACCAACUUUGAUCGAUGUUAAUAAGAUAGAUAUUAUUACCCUCGACGAUAGUGAUGAAGAAAAUAUGAAAGGUUAUGAUGAUCCACCAGAGGAAACUCCUACAAAUGAAGAGAAUGAGGCAGAGGGCGAUGAUCAAGAAGAUGAAGAAGAAGAUGAUGAAACUGAUCAAGAUACAGAAGAAGAUGAAGAAGUGGAUGACGAUGAUGAUAGUGAUAAUGAAGAUGAAGAUGAUGAUGAAGAUGAAGAGGAAGAAGAAGAAGGUGAAAUCACCGAUAAAGAUGGAUCUAAUCAUGGUCGUUGUGAGAGAAGUCGUCGUUAUGAAGAUGAUCCCGACUUCGUAUACCCUGGAAAUGAUACACCAAGUCCAACUGAGACUCCUCUCUCUAACGGUACAAGUCAUUUAAAUGAUUCUGCGUUAGAUGAGGAGAUUAGGCCACCUUCAAGUAGCCGUGAAAGAAAAAAGAAACAGUUAUUCGAAAUAUUUGGUAGUGACGCUGAUUCUAGAGAAAAUUCGCCUGAUUCUUCAGUCCGAUCCCCGAUCAAUAAAAACAAAAAGAGGCGAAGAGAAAGAUCUGAAAGAAGAUCAUCAAGAAAAGGUCGUCGACAUGAAUAAUGUGAUUCGUCUUUACUCUCAUAUCAGAGAUAUUCCUGUUGCAAAUUACACCUUGUAAGUUGUAUUUUGACUGUUAGAUGUUCCUUUCGGGCCAAUUCCAUCAUAAUCAUAGCCGUCAUAAAAAUCAUCUUCAUAAAUAUCAAAAUCUUACUUUACAUUCAUGAUGCAGCUAGAUUUCAUUUUCAUACAAGAGAAUCAUUUCCAUCGUGUAAAAGUCACUGAACAUAUUUAAGGGUACUCAUUAGAAAUUAAGAAAUCAGUGCCUUUGUUAUUUAUCAAAUUGAGCCUAGUUUGACUCCAUUAUAUUUUAUGCAUCUUCAUCUCACUUUUUUCUAUUCAACCUACUAGGACCAAAAAUAUUCUGGGCAAUCUUGUUCAUUUCAUUUGUUUUCAGUUUUUUUCCAUCUUUUUUUUCAAGCUUGUAAACAACUGUUGCCCUGAUGGCGUUAAAAAGUAUGGAUUCCACAAACCAAAUCAUAAAUAAUAAUUCAUUUAAUGUAAUUAAUAAUGUUAAAAAUGAACUUUCACAGAGAGAAUAAAGAAAAUGCACAAUUUGA